CCCGCCUCUUAGUGCUUUAUAUAACUCCUGGAAUUCAGAAACACUGGUAAGUUUCGUUUCUUGUGAAACCCAUCCCUGUCUCUGUAUCAUCUCAACAGAAACAGCAGAAGCAGAGCUUUACACAACUCCAGGAAAUCAGCACAGUGGAGUUUCUGUUGUGAAAUCGUCCGUCUCUGUGUCUCGCUGCACCAAGGAUGGCUUCAAACUUGUUGUCAGAGGAUCAGUUUAGCUGUUCAGUGUGUCUGGAGUUAUUGAAGGACCCAGUUGCUAUUCCAUGUGGACACAGUUACUGUAUGGGGUGUAUUAAGAACUGCUGGGAUCAGACUGAUCAUACAGGUGUCUACAGCUGCCCCCAGUGCAGAGAGACCUUUACCCCAAGGCCUGUUCUUGGCAGAAACACCAUGCUGGCUGAAAUUGCUGGAGAAUUCAAGAAGAGAAGGCUCAAUCCUCCUCCUGCUCAAAGUUAUGCUGGACCUGGAGAUGUGCCGUGUGAUUUCUGCACUGGGAGAAAGUUCAAAGCUGUGAAAUCCUGUUUGACGUGCCUGGCCUCUUACUGUGAGACACACGUCAAGCCACACUAUGAGGGGGCUGCUUUCAAGAGGCACAAGCUGAUCAAUGCAAUUGGAGAUCUGGAGCAGAAGCUUUGUGCUGAACACCAACGAUUAUGUGAGGUAUUUUGUAGAACUGAUCAGAUGUUUAUUUGCUGGUUGUGUGCAGACAAGAAACACAAGAGCCAUGAUACAAUCUCAGCUGAGGCAGAAAGGACUGGGAAACAGAAGCAGCUGGGAGAGACACAGACAGAAAUACAACAGAGAAUCCAGGAGAGACUGAAAGAAAUUGAGGAGCUGAAACAGACUGUGGAGUCACUGAAAAGAUCUGCACAGAGGGAAAUAAAGAUAACCAAGAAGGUCUUUACUGAGCUGAUCCGAUCCAUUGAGAAGAUCCACACUGAGGUUAUUGAGCUGAUUGGAGCUAACGAGAAGGCUACAGUGAAUCAGGCUGAAGGACACAUGAAGAAACUGGAGCAGGAGAUUGCUGAGCUAAGGAGGAGAAACGCUGAGCUGAAACAGCUUUCAGAGACAGAGGAUCACAUCCAUUUUCUACAGAAUUUCCAGUCUCUCUGUGCCCCCCCUGGAGCUGGAGACUUACCCAGCGUUACUGUCAAUACAGGCAUCUCUUUUGGGGCUGUGAGGAAAGCUGUAUCUGAACUUAAAGACCAUAUUGAGGACUUCUGCAAGGGUGAAUUAGUCAAAAUAACCACAACAGUUGCAGUUUACAGUCUGCAGGCUCCAGAGCCAAGGAACAGAGCUGAGUUUUUAAAAUAUUCCUGUCAGCUCACACUGGACCCCAACACAGCGUAUAGAGAGCUCUGUCUGUUUGAAGGGAACAGAAAGGUGACACGGAGGAGAGAGACCCAGCGAUAUCCUGAUCACUCAGAGAGAUUUGAGAGCUGGCCCCAAGUGCUUUGCAGAGAGGGUUUGUCUGGGACUCGCUGUUACUGGGAGAUUGAGUGGAGUGGGGGAUGGGCUGAUAUAGGAGUCACAUAUAAAGGAAUCAGCAGGAAAGGAGGAGAUCGUUCCUGUGUCCUUGGAUUCAAUGACAAGUCCUGGAGUUUGCACUACUUUGGUUCCAGUUACACUGCCUGGCACAAUAACAAUCAAACUGCAAUAACUGCCCCCCACUCCCCCAGAAUAGGAGUGUAUCUGGACUUUAAUGCCGGCACGCUGUCCUUUUAUGGCGUCUCUGACACAAUGACCCUCCUGCACAGAUUCCAAACCACAUUCACUGAGCCGCUCUAUCCUGGGUUUUGGCUUCUUUAUGAUUCCCCUGUAACAAUCUGCCAGCUGAACUAGACUGUUUUGUGUUGUAAGAAACCCUUUGUAUUGAACUCCCUGUCUGUCCUCUCCACUCCUCGGGUGAAGGGAAUGUUCAAUCUGACACAACUUUGGAUGAAAGUUAGGGGGUAAAACGGCGCCACCUGCAGAGCAAAACGAGGUGAAUUAUUUGUUUUUAGCAACGAAUGGAUUUCAUACGAAGUAACUGUAUUUAAUUUCUUUUUUAAGAAUUGUUAUGUUUUAUAUAUAUUUUAAAAAAUGGCAUCCAAUAGUCAGUGCUGUAACAGUUUUUAAAAAAGUGAACUUAAGUUUGCUUUAUUGUGUGUGUGUUUUUGUUUUUUGAUUUCCAUAAAAUGUUUAAUAAUUCAGAUUUUAGUAAUGUGAUUUAAUUAAAAAAA